UAACCCACUGGCUGCAUCGUCAGAAAAAGAAGGAUUCUCACCAGCUGGGAUUGCCAGUACAACUGACGCAAAGCCCUAACCAUGCCAAUGCCGACAGGCCAAGACCACUGGUCUGAAGCAGACAUCCAGACGCUGUUGGAGCGCAUAAAGAAGGAUGUCCCACCAAAUGACAACAAGUCUUUCCAUGCAACCCUGAAGAAAAUGAACUGGGAGAGGGUAGCUUUCAAAGACUUUUCUGGGAAAAUGUGCGAAGACAAAUGGUUGGAGAUUUCUUACAACCUGAGGAAGUCGCGGACUUUGACAGAAUUAGUCCUAGAAGCUCAGCAACAUGCUCAAAACCCCUCGAGGAAGAAAAAGGUCAAGAAGCAUCCAGACUUACCCAAGCAGCCCUUGACGGCUUAUUUCCGUUUUUACAAGGAGAAUCAUUCCCAGUAUACUCAAAUACACCCUGAGCUAAGCAGCGUGGAGCUGACUAAACUUGUAGCGAAGAAGUAUAAAGAGCUUCCAGAGGAGGUAAAACAGAAAUAUAGUCAAGCUUUCCAAGAGGAGAGACAACAAUAUAAAGAGAAGCUGUCUCAGUUCAAGCUGUCUCAACUCAACCCACCUCAUCUGGAGCAGCCUUCCAAAAGAAAUCAUGUCCCCAAGAGGCGACAGACUCGACCUCAAACAACCGCUCAAGGAAACAGGAAAGAAAGGAAGUCUGCUCUGGAAACGGAUGACUUCUCCAUGCAGAUGACAUUCUGUGCAGAGCCCAAGAAGCCCCCUAUGAACGGAUACCACAAAUUCUACCAGGAUUUGUGGUCCAGUGAGAAGCUGCAACAUGUGGCACCCAGAGAGCGCAUGGUGGAGAUUGGCAGGCUCUGGCAGCCUAUCCCACAGAGCCAGAAGGACCACUAUAGGAAGCAGGCUGAGGCGAUGCAGAAGCAGUAUAAGAUAGACCUAGAUCUCUGGCUGAAGAGUCUCUCUCCUCAGGCAUAUGCAGCACACAGAGAGGCAGGCUAUGGGAAGGGUAAGAAAAUGAGCAUGUUAGGAAGCCCAACCCCCACAUUUAAGAGGCUGUCUUCAGAGGCUCUGGAGUCUGCAUCAGUGAAGAGGAUGAAAGGGGAGCCUCGCAAGCAGGGAUUGUAGAUUCCAGCCACAGAUUCAUUCACCACAUCCAGUGCUGGUCCACACUCAUCCUCCAAGUAAUCACCCUCCAAUGAUCAUCCUCAGCAGAAAGAGUCCUGGAAUCAGCAAUGAGAUGACUUGGCAGUGGGAGACGCUCUUCACUGGACUGUGUGUUCCUGAAAUGAGAAGCUUUGCUCCCAUGUUCUACCCGCUGGUAUGCUGUUGGAUAUGAACAUUCACAGAUAUUUGACCUAUGCCUUUGCAGAGAAACUUUGUAUUCCUUGUAUAUUGCAAUCAAUCAUUUAGCUUUUGGAUAUUCGGAUUUGGUUAUCACGAUGUUUCAGCUUGGGAAUUUUGUCCUUUUGUCCCAGGCUUAUUUUACUGAGCACAUUUUCAUGGUUCAUUCAUUCUGUACCAUGCUUCAUGAACUCGUUUCUCUUUGUGAUUAAAUGAGA